UCCAGUGCCCCCUCCCCCUUCAGACCUGGCAGAGCCGGGGACUCUCACCGCAGCUGCUCUGGGUCUGGGGGUGUGUCCUGGGCUGGAGGGCUGAACUGCGAGAGGCAGGCGGUCUUCCGCGGUGGGGGAAAUUGUAAACUAGGGUUGGAGGGAGAGCCAAAGGUCUGGCGGCGGCGGCAGCGGCGGCAGCAGCAGAGCUCCACAAGCAGCCUCCGCCGCAGCGGCAACAAGUGCGUGGCGUGCCAGCCGCCGAGCCGGAGCCCGAGCCGGCUGCCCGCCCUAGCGAGGAGGAGCCUGGGCCGCCGCUGACUCCCACACCUCGUUCCGGCCCGGCCCGGCCCAGACCACGCGCCGUGGGGAGCCCGGCUGGGAUGGAGUCCGCCGCUGGGUGGUCUCGCAGGAGACGGCCCCGGGAAGCAGCCCGGGGCUGAGCCAAGGGCUAGCCGGCUCUCCCGCCCGGGGACCCGGAGGAAGAGGAGGAGGGUGGAUGCGGCUCCGAUCACCACCGUCCCCCACCCUCCCGGCCCGGUGUGAGCAGGCACUGCUCCCGGACAAGAUAUGAGAAAUGAGUGUUGGACGCCGAAGGAUAAAGUUGUUGGGAGUUUUGAUGAUGGCAAACUUUUUUAUUUAUUUGAUUGUGGAAGUAUCCAAAAGUGGUAACCAGGAAGAACAUGGAAAAGGAGAAGUUAUAAUGCCCAAAGGCAAGUUCUGGAGGAAAUAUGUACCUGCCAAGGCCUAUUGGAAUAGGGAACAAGAGAAAUUAAAUCACCUAUACAAUCCCAUUUUGAGCAUCCUGGCCAAUACGACUGUAGAAGAAAAUUUGAUUUUGAAUGCAAGUGUUCUUAAUUCCUGUGAGCCGGACCAAUUGGUGAUGUCAACAGUUAAAGAUUUUGAAAACCUACCAGACAGAUUUAAAGAUUUUCUGCUUUAUCUGAGAUGUAGAAAUUAUUCACUGCUGAUAGACCAACAGGACAAGUGCAAGCAGAAACCUUUCCUUCUGCUAGCUAUUAAGUCCCUUACAUCCCAUUUUGAUAGAAGACAAGCAAUUCGAGAAUCCUGGGGAAAAGAGACUAAUUUUGGGAACCAAACAGUUGUAAGAGUCUUUUUAUUGGGACAGACUCCCCCUGAGGAUCACUUUCCUGACCUUUCAGAUAUGUUGAAAUUUGAGAGUGAGAAGUACCAAGACAUUCUUCUUUGGAACUACAGAGAUACUUUCUUCAACUUGACUCUGAAAGAAGUACUGUUUCUGAAGUGGGUGAACACUUCUUGUCCCAAUGUCCAGUUUGUUUUCAAGGGGGAUGAUGAUGUUUUUGUAAAUACUCAUCAGAUCCUAAAUUACUUGAAUAGCAUAUCCAUGGAGAAAGCCAAAGACUUAUUUAUAGGUGAUGUGAUCAAAGAUGCUGGACCUCAUCGAGAGAAAAAGCUAAAGUACUAUAUCCCAGAAAGUGUUUAUGAAGGUGCCUACCCUCCUUAUGCAGGAGGGGGUGGGUUUCUCUAUUCUGGCAGUCUAGCCCUGAGGCUGAACAAAGUAUCCGAACAGGUCCUUCUCUAUCCCAUUGAUGACGUUUAUACUGGCAUGUGCCUUCAAAAACUUGGCCUUGCUCCAGAAAAACACAGAGGUUUCAGAACAUUUGAUAUAGAAGAAAAAAACAGGAAAAAUAUUUGCUCUUACACAGACUUGAUGUUAGUACAUAGCAGAAAACCACAGGAAAUGAUUAGCAUUUGGUCCCAGCUUCAAAAUCUUCGUGUAAAUUGCUGAAAUAUUUGAAAGUAAAAUAUGUGUAAGAGAAUAUAUUUUAAACAUUUCCUAAUUUUCCCCCUUAAUUUAGGUGUAAUUUCUGUGCUGAAUCAUUGGAAUUGCUUUUCUGGAAUCUUUUUAGAAGCAUUUAAACUUUUCAUAUAAUAUUUUGGAAAGUGAGAAUGCAUAUGGUCAUAAUUCUUCAUGGGAAGGGUGGUGAGAAGAUUUAGUUCUGCCCAGUUGUCAUUAUGUUUGAAUGCUGUUUCCCUCUCACCUCAAAAAUCAUGAAUUCCCCAAGUUUAUAACCGCUUAAUUAGAUUUAUCUUUAUUUUGUUCCCAAAAGUAAUGGAGGAGUCAUUAAUUUGAUUUUAUUCUUCAGUACAUUGGUUGAUGUAGAUUUCCUGGGCAGAAGGCUGUUUUCAUGAGAAUUAUGUCUGAGAUGAAAUUAAGAAAAAUUAAUUUAUCAUUUCUAUCUUUGCUGCCACCCCACCAGUAUUUUUGUGUCAAUAUGGCCCCCUAAUUUUUCAAAAUGAAGCUGGUUCGACUGACAAUUUCUCCCUUAAUCUUGACUUUUGAAAGCACCCAUCAUAGCAGCAAGAAUGGGGACACAAGUUUUCUUGGUUUGGGGAUGGCAGGCAGUAUUAUUAGAAUAUUAUAUUUUAAUUUUAUCUCUUAGCUGGUUGUGAAAAGUUGUCUCUUGCUAAUCACAUUUAAAAAAUAGUCCCCAUUCUCAUACUGGCAAGGGAUGAUUAUGAUAUGCUAAUGGGUAAUUGUUACUGAAUUGCUCACUACUUAAGAUUGUUUGAUUUGUACUACUAAAUGGUCCUGUGGGCCUUGAGGGUAAUUCUUGAUACUUCAGGUAAUAACUUGAAGGUGUAGACCAUUUCAUGAAUGGUUUGUCUCUUGAACUCUGGAAUUCUUGCCAUAUUUUCCACAUUGCUUGUAUAAAAUAAUUAUUCUGAUUAAUGGCUGAUUCCUGUGUCUAUAUGUAGAAGUACCUGUGUUUUUAUUUAUUGUUCAGAUCGACCAAAACAUUUUGUUAAAUAUAUUUUGUGUAAUAUUUUAUUUGUAUACAGUGUUGUCCUUUAAAUAUUUAACUAGAGCAUGAUAUUUUUAAAAAAUUAAGGUGUAACAUGUCAAAUAAAACUAAGUGUUAUUUUUGAAUUCAAAAAGUUGUUUUGAGUGUAUACUACUUAGAUUUAACAAUCCUGCCAAACUGUUGACUUAUGCACAUUAUCCAGUAUCAUGUUAUCUUGAAGUACCAUUUUUAUGCUUAUUCUGUCACUGAGAAUUCUUAUGCAUUAUAGAUUAUAGCUGACUAUGUAAAGGGGUGGAAAUAAAGUCAUUGUGUAUUUUUAA